GCUGCCGAAGCUCGUUGGUGACACUGCGGGCGCUCGCUGGCAAGAGUGGCCUGAGGAGCGACGCCGGGAAACAAAAGGCGAAUAGGCGGCGACACGGGCGACACGGAAAGUUUCACGCGCCUCGUGGUCGUGGACAGCUCGCGGUCGAUUUGGAGCCUGUUAUAUCCUACGAAAAAAGACAAGAUCCUGCGAGGGACAAAACCAGUGAAGCCGGCUUCCUUUUCCCUUUCCAGAAGCAGCUGAGUCCCAAGGAGAGCCCGGCGCUCCCUCGUCCUUGCUGCGCCGAGGAUCCGUCGUGGCUCCGCCCUAACCGGCUUGCUCGGAGUCCCUAGUCUCUUCGUUCGGACGGAGCUGAUCUUGGGCAAGAAAACUCAGAGCCGCUGGCGCUGGAUUUAGGCUCUUGGAUUUAAGACAAUACUGUGAGAAACUAUCUGAGAUUAUAUAUAAGCAUGGGGACUCCUGGCUCAGGAAGGAAAAGAACUCCAAUGAAGGACAGAUUUUCUGCAGAAGAUGAAGCCCUAGGUCAUAUUGCUAGAGAGGCAGAGGCACGCCUUGCAGCCAAACGUGCAGCCCGAGCAGAAGCAAGGGAUAUACGCAUGAGGGAAUUGGAACGCCAACAAAAAGAGCUUUCUCAGCGUUCUUAUGAUAGAAAAUGGGGACAUAUCCAGAAGUGGAUGGAAAAUUCUGAAAAUUCAUACCGGUCCAGCCGGCAGUCAUACCUGGGAGCUGGUGAUUUGGUAUCCUCUCAAAACACUGGUAGUCACAGGUCAUCAUCUCUAUACAAUGAACCUCUGGCAACAACUAAGAAUUACAGGGCUUCCCCAGAUGUAAACACUGGUUUGAUAAGAAGUACCAGUUUGGCAUCAUUAUAUGAUGAUGGAUUGUAUAAAUCGUAUAGUAAUCGUACUCCCUCAGAAUAUAGUUAUUCAAGAGCAAGUUCAGCACGAAGUAGUCCAGUGUUUACAGAUGAUGAAUCAGGCAGCAUUGCAUCCUCUGACCAUGCUGUACGAGGUUAUAGGGAUAGUGUGUCAAGUGAUUUUCAUCAUCAUGGGGAAACUGCAGCUGAUUAUUUUAGCCGCACUAAUCGUAGGGGAAGCAUUGUUUCUGACUUGGAUGAUGUCAGCAUUCCAGACAUGAACAAUCUUGAAGAGAAGACUGACAAACCAUAUUCUGAUUUAUAUACAAGGCCAGCAUCUCGCAAUUCAGCAACUCCUUUAAGUGGAAAUUCUUCUAGACGAGGAAGCGGAGAUACAAGCAGCCUAGUUGAUCCUGAUACUUCGUUAAGUGAAUUGCGGGAUAUCUAUGAUCUUAAGGACCAGAUACAAGAUGUAGAGGGGAGAUACAUGCAGGGACUUAAAGAACUAAAGGAGUCACUUGCUGAAGUUGAAGAGAAAUACAAGAAGGCCAUGGUUUCUAAUGCCCAACUUGAUAAUGAAAAAAACAAUUUAAUCUAUCAAGUGGAUACUCUAAAAGAUGUCAUUGAGGAAAGAGAAGAGCAAUUAGCAGAAUACUAUAGGGAAAAUGAAGAAAAAACUAAGGAAUUGGAAAGACAGAAACAUAUGUGCAGUGUUCUACAGCAUAAAGUAAAUGAGCUCAAGGAAAGCCUUUGCCAAAGAGAUGAACUUAUAGAGGAGAACCAGCGCAUGCAGCAGAAAAUAGAAUCUAUAUCCAAAGAGGUGUUUGACCUCCAGGAAACAGUUAAUUGGAAAGAUAAAAAAAUUGGGGCUCUAGAGAGACAAAAAGAAUAUUUUGACUGCAUUAGAAUUGAGCGAGAUGAGCUCAGAGAUGAGCUGGCUGACCUGAAGGAAACAAUGAAGAGAGGAGAGAAACAUGGAUUAGUAAUAAUCCCAGAAGUCACUCCAAAUGGUGAUAUUAACCAUAAACCAGUAAUUGGUGCAAUUACAGUUGUAUCACAAGAAGCUGCUCAAGUUUUGGAGUCAGCAGGGGAAGGACCACUAGAUGUUAGACUACGAAAGCUAGCAGGAGAAAAGGAAGAGCUAUUGUCACAGAUUAAAAAACUGAAAUUGCAAUUGGAAGAGGCCCGGCAGAAAUCCUCUAGGCAUGAAAGCACAAAUGCUGAUUUAACAGGACUUGAAAAUGGUUCUGAUUUGCAAUUAAUUGAAAUGCAGAGAGAUGCCAACAGACAAAUAAGUGAUUUCAAAUUUAAACUUUCAAAAGCUGAACAAGAUAUAACUACUUUGGAACAAAAUGUUUUAAGACUUGAAGGACAGGUGGUGAGAUAUAAAACUGCUGCAGAAAAUGCAGAAAAAGUAGAAGAUGAACUGAAAGCAGAAAAGAGAAAACUUCAGCGAGAAUUAAGAACAGCAUUGGAUAGGACAGACGAAAUGGAGAUGACCAACAGUCACUUAGUGAAACGGUUAGAGAAAAUGAAGGCAAAUCGAACUGCAUUGCUAUCUCAACAAUAGAAAGGAAACUAAAGAAUGCACUGCUCCUGGAAAUGCCUGAGCUUAUUUUAUAUACGUACAGGCUUUCCUUGGCAUAAAUUUUAAAACAAAGCUGUUCAGUGAGUUUUAGUUUCAUAAUAUUUUAACUUGAGCAAAUGGGAAAAACAGCUUACAUAUUUAUGCAAGUGAUGAGUUCUAGCCGCUUAAUUCAGGAAUCUGAUGGAGCCCAAUUCCCUAUAGUUGACUUAUUUUAUAUAAACUAUUUUCACACUUGUGAAAUCAAGUUUAUUCUCUGAGUUAUUUUCAACUGCUUUAAUUAAUGCUUGGUGCUUGGAAAGAGAUGCACGAAUUCAAGAGUAUUUGCUGCACAACAAACUAACCAAUUAUGUGCUUGAGAUCAUCACACGGCACAAGUGCCUUUUAAUACAGUGCAAUGAGAACUUCAGAGAUUAGAACAAAAUAUAAUGUGGAAUCAAAUACCAUUUAUUUUAAAACACAAUUGGAGUCUUGUUUGCUAAACUUUUUACAUUUUGAUGGAAAACACUUUUGUAAAAUAUUUAAAUUUAUAUAAAAUAGAAAUGACUUGUAUAAAAUCUGCUUUAUUGCAUGGUGAUGCACACUUGAGAUUUCAAUUUUAAACAGUACUAUCCCUAUUUUUAAUGUAAGAAUAGUGAGCAAGAUUUGUUAUCGUACAGUGUGUAAAACCUGAUGUGUAUGCUGCUUAAGUGUGGAGUGAAAUGUGGGUGGGAGAAAUGUGGCGGAUAUAAAAUUAUUAAAUGGACACUUUGCAUAGCAUGGGUGUGUCUUGUCUUAAUGUUCUCUGGCAUUUUCAUUGUUGAGCUUUUCAUUGUGCUAAUUCUGAAAAUUUUGAUCCUCCCACGCAACUCAAAACAUUACAGACUGAAAAUGUUUGUUAUUUAUUUUGAAUGAUAAACUUGACAGGAUAUAAUUAAGUAAAAACUAUGUCAGCAGGAACUGUUUAUAAUCACUAUGAUAUUACUAAUAGAAAAUUGCUAAUUUCUAUUACAAGUGGUCCUCAACUUACAACAGUUUGUU